GCAGUAGUGAAAUAUUUCGUGUUGUGCUCUGGAUUCAUGGACGUGUAGUUAAUAUGUAUGUUUUCACUGCAUUCAAAUGUGCGUUGGAUUUGUCUGAUGUUUUAAAUAACGCUUUAAAGCGCGUAGCUUUGUGUUGUCGUAGUUUGCUAAUAUCAAACCAACUUUGUCAUGGCUUGUCUCUGUGAAUGCAGAAAAUAAGUUGUAUUAGCAUUGGUACAUCCUGUCAUCCCCAGAUUUGUCUCGAGUUAUUGCACUGGGACUUUCCACUCUAAUCCGAUGGUACAGACCUCGUCUCUAACGCAUGUUACCUAGAGGCACAGUGUAAACCAUCUUAGACGUAAAUGCAUAAUUUUCUUGCAUUUCGUGCGUCGUUUGAGAUUGCGAAUGCAAAAUGUGGGCAACGCGUAAUAAUUUAAGAGUCCAGGUGACUUCCAAAACGUACAUUCAAAAUGAAGUGAUGUGGAAAUACGCUUUCAGAACAGUGGUUUUUAUGUCAUUCUGAUUAAAUGACUGCUCGUCCGGACGGCGCAGCAGGCGCGUGCGGCGGGUGAUGGACGGGCUGUACAGCCACAGCGCGUACCUGCUGCAGGAGUUACAGGAGCAGCGCAUACAGGGCCUGCUGUGUGACUGCAUGCUGGUGGUGAAGGGAGUCUGCUUUAAAGCCCACAAAAAUGUGCUUGCUGCUUUCAGCUCAUACUUCAGGUCUCUGUUCCAGAAUUCUCUAAAAAAUGACGUGUUUCAUCUGGCCAUUCAGGAUGUGGGUGGGAUUGGGCAAAUUCUGGAUUACAUGUACACCUCUCACCUGGAGCUGAACCAGGAUAAUGCGCACACACUGCUGCAUAUCGCACAGUGUCUUCAGGUCUCGAAUAUCCUGAACAUGUGUAAUGCAUAUCUGAAGCCAUGUGCUGCACCCGGAGAUCCACCCCUUACUCUUCCGGCACUACUAUCCCACGAGCAAGACUGUGCUUUGGGGAGCCCUUUACCGCCUGAUCCGGACUUGAACUGUGCCCCCACUGACCCUCACAAACACCUGCUCCUCCCAACAGACACAGAUCCCAUCCACUGCAAACGUCCCCAGCUAGCCCCGCCCCCUAACACCUUAGAGACAGCCAAUAAUAUGUCAGCACAGUCAGAGAGGCAGCCUGUGCAUGGCUAUAAACUCAGGAACUUUUACAGUAAACAAUAUUUCAAACAGACUGCUGCCCAGAAUGGAACUUCUAGCCUAAGCCAUGCACAUUGCCCUCCAGUGGUGGAAGAACAGUAUAACCAAGGAAGUAACAGUCAAAUACUACAAAAUGCACCCACAGCCAAUCAGACCUUACAGAAUACACCCAUAUCAACAGCCAACCACAGCCAAUCACUGUCAGCUGUGCCUUCCUCUACAGCCAACCACAGCCAAUCACUACCAGCUGUGCCCUCUUCAACAGCCAACCACUUGCUGCCACACAUUUCCUCUCAUUCAGGAAGCUCGGCUCUGUCUCAUCCAGUCGAGUCUUUGACAACACAAACGUCAGCGUGUUGUGCCAGCACCACUGUGCCCUACACAAGUCUGACCUCCGUCUGUUCUGAGCCCCUGAACACAGUGGCACCCCCUGCCCCUAGCAUCCACUCACCAGGAAAGAGUCCCCCGGUCCCACGGCCCCUGCGCCCUAAAAAAGCAGUUUACCUAAAAAAGUUUAACUACCUUCGGUCUCACCCCGUUUUAGAGGAACGGACAGCGCAAAGCACAGUUACUGAAAGCAGCAGUGUAGAAAGAGCCCAGCUGGUGCAAUCCCAGAGCCAGCCUUCCCAGCUCAGCACAGACAUGCCCCCUGAGGACAAAAACUCAGAGCCAGUGGAAGCACCUGCGCUCCCUGCGUCUCCCCGGGUGCCUUCUCCACCCACACCACAGCCAGAAACCUCAAAGGGUCCAGGAGUCGGGUCAGGAGUCACAAACAGCAGUAAUAAAUACUGCUGUGAAGUAUGUGGAAAAACCUUUAAACACCCAAGCAACCUGGAGCUUCACAAACGCUCACACACUGGUGAGAAACCUUUCCAGUGUAACGUGUGUGGGAAGAACUUCUCUCAGGCAGGAAAUCUGCAGACACAUCUACGCCGGCAUUCAGGAGAGAAACCUUACAUAUGUGAGCUCUGCGGAAAAAGUUUUGCUGCAUCGGGGGAUGUUCAGCGUCACAUUAUCAUCCAUUCAGGAGCACGACCUCACCUGUGCGACAUCUGUGGACGAGGCUUUAGUAAUUUCAGCAAUCUGAAGGAACAUAAGAAGACUCACAGCUCAGAGAGAGAGUUCACCUGUGAGCAGUGCGGCAAAUCGUUCAACAUGCAGAGGAAACUGCUCAAACACACACUGACACACACGGGGGAGAAGCCAUACUGCUGCCAGACCUGCGGUAAGUCUUUUGCUGGGUCAGGUGACCUGCAGCGGCAUGUGCGUUCACACACGGGUGAGCGUCCAUACGUGUGUGAUGUAUGUGGAAAAGGUUUCACACGCACAGCGGUGCUACGUCGGCAUCGCGCCUCCCACUGCCGGCCUGGUGCCACUGCAGAUGCACCUGCGGAGAGACUUGGAUCACACGCCCCUGAGGAGACGCUUGGUUCAGACGAUAACAGCACAGCACCUAUGCAGACUGCAGGUGCCUCUGCAUCCUCCAGCUGGAGUAGGGCUCAGCGCCGCCCCCUGCUUCAGCCCAGCUCAACACUGCCCCCUGCAGAUGCCUGCCGUCGCACUCCCGUCCACUCUGACCUCGCGUCUUCCGCCACGCUCUCCACCCUACACUCCUCCUCUCUCUCAGAACUGCACUCUACAGUUCCCCACCAUCUGCUUGCCACGCCCCCUCUUGCUAAAUCCCUCCCCAUAUCUCCCAAGGCCCUGUCCUCUCCUGUAAAGGCUCCCCCCAACCCUGAGACUUCUUUCAGCUCCUGUGGUGAGAACAGAACCCAUGCCCUUUCUGACUCCGCUGUGUCCCUGCGGGGCCCUGGGCUGGUUCCAGAGGCCCACUGCAGCCCCACGCUAGCCACCAGGAGCAACAGCAGUAGCAGCUCUCAGGCCAACAGCACCCCCUACAGGAGCUCGGAGGGCUUCUGCUCCAGUGGUGCUCUGUGGGGGCUGGCCAUGAAAACGUUGCAGAGUGACAGUGACAUGGACCAGUGAGAGUCUGACUCUUAAGCUGUGAGCAUACAGAUUGGCUUUGUCACUGAAUUUCAUAUCUGAAUUUAUCUCUACAGCAUGUGUAGGCCUGUUCACAACGAUUGGAGAUGUAUAGAACUCUUUAAGACAGAUAAAGGAACAGGGGCAAUGCUUAUUAAAGUGGAGUAAAGCUGA